AACGGCACUCUUCAAUGUUUCCUCACUCAAUCUCACUGCUACGGACAAAAAAAAGAGAACUCCAACCGACGACAGGCACAAUGGAGGAAGCCACCAAGAAAAAGCGCCCCACCAUCAGCCGGGAGCAGAGGCUGCGGAUCCUGGCUGUCGUCGAGUUCCUCAGCGACCACAAGAUGACGUGCAACCACGGCGAGAUCUUCCGCUGGGCCGGGGUCAGCAAGGGGUCGGGCUGGCGCAUCCUGGCCGAGAACCGCACGCUGCCGUCCAUGGCCGACCACCCCAACUACCCGGACCGCCGCGGCCGCAAGCGCAUCUUCACUGACGAAGACAUCGGCAAGAUGGCGCGCACCGUCGAGGAGUACCAGCGCGACGGCCGCCGCCUCAACUGGGAGCAGCUGCCAGGCGCCGCGGGCGUCGACAAGCAGGCCUCGCGCGAGACGGUGCGGCAGGUGAUGAAGAAGGUGGGGGUUACGGGCUCGCUGUCGGGCCUGAAGAAGGCUGAGGAGGGAGCGUGAGGGAGAGGGGGGUGUGUGUCAGACGGACUGUUUUUAUUUGGGCGGCGUAAGGAUGAUUUGAAUUUGGGGGGCGUUCGUCGGGUUUGGAUUUUCUGGGGUUCACUGGCAUGAAUUUCAUGGGGAGAUUGAAAAGACCAUCCGCGUGGGUUGCCCCACCAAGAUAUUCCCCCAAGAGCCUUGCAGCAAGUCUAUCAAGGAGGAAGCUCUACACAUUACAAAAUUUCCUACAUGUACUCAUAUUUAACAGCCCAACCAACCAUGCUCUUCAAACCUUGCGGUCCAGGCUCUGCCCCUCGCACAUUUUGGCAUACAUGCCCCCCUUGGC